UGUCGAUUCACAUCGAACAAAUGAUGAUACAUCGCUGCCACCACCACCACCAAUGGAAACGUCAAUUUCUUCACCAAACAGUAAAGCCAAUAAUAUUAUGAAUCAUAACAACAACAACAAUAACAACAACAACAGUAAUAGCAACAAUGUGAAUAGCAACAAUGCAAUGCCAUUACAAAAUGGCAGUUCCUCUAACAACAUGGAGGAUGAUGAUGAUUUACCGCCACCUCCACCGCCAGCACUUAAUGACGAAUCCAAUUAUGCGGUGACGGAACUUUAAAAAACCACAAAAGAAUAAACAAAACAAAAAACAAUUAAACAAUUUCUUAGAAAGUUGACAAAAAGUUGACAAAAAGUUGACAAAAAAAUUGAUUGUUUUUAGGUGAAACGUAGGAAUUAAAUGUUGAUGUGUUAGCGAAUUUUAAUGCAUUUCAAGCUAUUGUUAUAUAUAUAUAAAUAAAUAAGAAAAAUAUUCUUAAUUAUUAAAAAAAUUAUUAAAAGAUUAGUUGCAGUUGCAUUCGU